GGCUGGGGCUGAGCAGACGGACGGGGAGCUCUCGAGGUGUCUGGAGGCCCAGUGAGCCCGGGAUCCAGGAGGCCCAAGGAGCUGGAGGUGACCCUGAGGCAGCAAGACCCCAGAGGAAGGGCACCAGGCCCACAGACGACUGUGCGGCAUCCCAGGCUGGGCUCCGGUUAGGAGGGGGUGCUGGUGCCCAGGCAGCGGCUCAGAGGCAGCUGCUCCAUGCAGAACUGAAGCUGGUCCUGCAGCAGAAGGGAGAGAGGAAGCAGGAGCCUGGGGCCCAGGUGACUCCCAGCAGUGCCAUGGAGGCCAGGAGCCGGAGUGCUGAGGAGCUGAGGCGGGCAGAAUUGGUGGAGAUCAUCGUGGAGACGGAGGCGCAGACUGGAGUCAGCGGCAUCAACGUAGCUGGCGGGGGCAAAGAAGGAAUCUUCAUCCGCGACCUGCGCGAGGACUCGCCCGCCGCCAGGAGCCUCAGCCUACAGGAAGGGGACCAGCUGCUGAGCGCCCGCGUGUUCUUCGACAACUUCAAGUACGAGGACGCACUACGCCUGCUGCAAUGCGCCGAACCUUACAAGGUCUCCUUCUGCCUGAAGCGCACUGUGCCCACUGGGGAUCUGGCGCUGCGGCCUGGGACCGUGGCCGGCUACGAGAUCAAGGGCCCUCGGGCCAAGGUGGCCAAGCUGAACAUCCAGAGUCUGUCCCCUGUGAAGAAGAAGAAGAUGGUGAUGCCCGGGGCCCUGGGGGCCCCUGCAGACCUGGCCCCUGUUGACGUCGAAUUCUCCUUUCCCAAGUUCUCCCGUCUGCGUCGAGGCCUCAAAGCUGAGGCUGUCAAGGGUCCUGUCCCAGCUGCCCCCACCCGCCGGCGCCUCCAGCUGCCUCGGCUGCGUGUCCGAGAAGUGGCCGAAGAGGCCCAGGCAGCUCGGCUGGCCGCCGCCGCUCCUCCCCCAAGGAAGGCCAAAGCAGAGGCUGAGGUGGCAGCAGGAGCACGUUUCACAGCUCCCCAGGUGGAGUUGGUUGCGCCCCGGCUCCCAGGUGCCGAGGUGGGUGUCCCCCAGGUCUCAGCCCCCGCAGCAGAGGCAGUCAGCGGCUUUGCCCUCCACUUGCCAACCCUUGGGCUAGGAGCCCCGGCUGCACCUGCCGUGGAGCUUGCGGCUGCAGGGAUCCAGAUCCCCCAAGUGGAGCUGCCCACCUUGCCCUCGCUACCGGCUCUGCCCACACUUCCCUGCCUGGAGACCCGGGAAGGGGCUGUGGCAGUGACAGUGCCCACCCUGGAUGUGGCGGCUCCUACAGUGAGGGUGGACCUGGCCUUGCCUGGUGCAGAGGUGGAGGCCCGAGCAGAGGCUCCUGAGGUGGCCCUUAAGAUGCCCCGCCUCAGUUUCCCCCGCUUUGGGGCUCGAGCAAAGGAAGUUGCUGAGGCCAAGGUGGCCAAGCCCAGCCCCGAGGCCAGGGUGAAGGGGCCAAAACUUCGAAUGCCCACCUUUGGGCUUUCUCUCCUGGAACCCCGGCCCACUGCACCUGAAGCCGUUGAGAGCAAGCUGAAGUUGCCCACCAUCAAGAUGCCAUCCUUUGGCAUUGGGGUCUCGCCGCCUGAGGUCAAGGUGCCCAAGGGACCUGAGGUGAAGCUCCCCAAGGCCCCGGACGUCAAGCUCCCAAAAAUGCCAGAAGCAGCCCUUCCAGAUGUGCGACUCCCAGAGGUGGAGCUCCCAAAAGUGUCAGAGAUGAAACUCCCAAAGGUGCCGGAGAUGGCUGUGCCGGAUGUGAGGCUCCCAGAGGUGCAGCUGCCAAAAGUUCCUGAGAUGAAACUCCCGAAGGUGCCUGAGGUGAAACUUCCAAAGGUGCCGGAGAUGGCUGUACCUGAUGUGCAGCUCCCAGAAGUGCAGCUCCCGAAAGUCCCGGAGAUGAAACUGCCAAAAGUGCCCGAGAUGAAAUUCCCUGAAAUGAAGCUCCCGAAGGUGCCUGAGAUGGCUGUGCCGGAUGUGCAGCUCCCAGAAGUGCAGCUCCCAAAAGUGCCGGAGAUGAAACUGCCUAAAGUGCCCGAGAUGGCUGUGCCAGAGGUGCGACUCCCGGAGGUGCAGCUGCCAAAAGUCUCAGAGAUGAAACUCCCGACGGUUCCCGAGAUGGCCGUGCCGGAUGUGCAUCUCCCAGAAGUGCAGCUCCCGAAAGUUCCUGAGAUGAAACUCCCUGAGGUGAAACUCCCGAAGGUACCCGAGGUGGCUGUGCCAGAAGUGCGACUCCCAGAGGUGCAGCUGCCAAAAGUCUCAGAGAUGAAACUCCCUGAGAUGAAGCUUCCGGAGAUCAAACUCCCCAAGGUGCCCGAGAUGGUCGUGCCGGAUGUACACCUCCCAGAAGUGCAGCUCCCAAAGGUGUCAGAGAUGCGAUUGCCGGAAGUGCAGGCGCCGAAAGUCCCAGAUGUGCAGCUGCCGAAGGCACCCGAGGUGAAGCUGCCCAAGCCUCCAGAGGUGCAGCUUAAAGCUGCCAGGGCAGAGCAGGCAGAGGGGAUGGAAUUUGGCUUCAAGAUGCCCAAGAUGACCAUGCCCAAGCUAGGGAGAGCAGGGUCCCCACCGAGAGGCAAGCCAGGUGAGGCAGGGGCUGAGGUCUCAGGGAAGCUGGUGACACUUCCCUGUUUACAGCCAGAAGUGGACAGUGAGGCUCGUGUGAGUGUCCCCUCUCUCACACUGCCCUCAGUGGAACUAGAUCUGCCAGGUGCCCUCAGCCUGGAGAGGCAGGUCCCAGUAGCCGAAGUGGGCAAGGUGGAGAGGGCAGAGGCCCCUGGGGUGGCAGCAGGGGUCAGCGAAAUUGCUUUCCGGUUGCCAUCUGUUGAGAUUGUCACUCCACAGAUGCCCACAGUGGAGGUUGAGGAAGGGCCAGUAGAGGUCAUGGAGAUGAAAGUCAAGCACUCCUCCAAGUUCUCCCUGCCCAAGUUUGGACUCUCGGGGCCAAAGGUGACCAAGGCAGAGGCAGAGGGGGCUGGAAGAGCUGCCAAGAAGGUGUCCAAGUUCUCCAUCUCACUCCCCAAGGCUAAGGUGGGAACCGAGGCAGAGGCCAAAGGGACAGGGGAGGCAGGCCUGCUGCCUGCCCUCGAUCUGUCCAUCCCACAGGUCAGCCUGGAUGCCCAUCUGCCCACUGGCAAGGUGGAGGUGGCAGGGGCCGAUGUCAAGCUCAAGGGGCCCAGGUUUGCCCUGCCCAAGUUUGGGGUCAGAGGCCGGGACACCGAGGCAGGAGAACUAGUGCCAGGGGUGGCUGAGUUGGAGGGCAAGGGCAGAGGUUGGGAUGGGAGGGUGAAGAUGCCCAAACUGAAGAUGCCCUCCUUUGGGCUGGCUCGAGGGAAGGAAGCGGAAAUCCCAGGUGGGCGUGUCAGCCCUGGGGAAAAGCCAGAGUCCACGGCUGGGCAGCUUAAGAUCCCUGAGGUGGAAUUGGUCACCCUGGGGGCCCAGGAGGAAGGGGGGGCAGAAGAGGGUGUAGCUGUCAGUGGAGGACGGCUAUCAGGCCUGCAGGUGUCCACAACCAGGCAGGUGGGCACUGAGGGCCAGGAUGGGGGACUGAGAAUGCCGCUGGGCAUCUCCCUGCCCCAGGUGGAGCUGAGUGGCUUUGGGGAUGUUGGCUUAGGUACCACCCCAGGGCAGCAGGCCGAAAGUACAGCCCCUCCAGCAGAGGGCACAGCAGGCUUCAAGGUCCAGGUGCCUCAGGUGACCUUGUCUCUACCUGGAGCCCAGGGGGCAGGUGGUGAACUAUUGGUGGGCGAGGGUGUCUUCAAGAUGCCCGCUGUGACAGUGCCCCAGCUUGAGCUGGAUGUGGGACUGAACCGAGAGGCGCAGGUGGGUGAGGCAGCCACAGGUGAGGGUGGGCUGAGGCUGAAGAUGCCCACACUGGGGGCUAAAGCUGGGGCUGGGGGAGGGGGGCCUGGGGACCAGCCCCCAGGGGCCGAGCGUACCUUCCACCUCUCACUGCCCGACGUGGAGAUCUCACCGCCUGCAGUGGGCAGCCAUGCCGAGUACCAGGUGGCAGAGGGUGAGGGGGAUGCCGGACACAAACUCAAGGUGCGACUGCCCCGAUUUGGCCUGGCUUGGGCCAAGGAGGGGGUUGAGGAGGGUGAGAAGGCCAAGAGCCCGAAACUCAGGCUGCCCCGUGUGGGCUUCAGCCAGAGUGAGGCAGUCACCAGGGAAGGCUCCCCCAGUCCCGAGGAGGAGGAAGAGGAAGGUGGUGGGGAAGGGGCCUCGGGGCGUCGAGGCCGCGUCCGAGUCCGAUUGCCCCGCGUGGGCCUGGCUACCACUUCCAAGGCAUCUCGGGGACAGGAGGGCGAGGCAGCCCCCAAGUCCCCUGGUGGGGAGAAGUCACCCAAGUUCCGCUUCCCCCGGGUGUCCCUAAGCCCCAAGACCCACAGCGGGAGCGGGGACCAGGAAGAGGGUGGAUUCAGGGUCCGGAUACCCAGCGUGGGGUUUUCGGAGACAGGGCCUCCAGGCCCCACGAGGAUGGAGGGGGCUCAGACAGCAGUCAUCUGAAAGCCCUGGGCAGAGGGAGGCUCCCCUCCUGUUUCCCCCCCCCCCGACCCCUUGUUUUGUGUGUGAGAUAACUAGCACUAACCCUCAGAGGGCUGGGAGGUGGGCGACUGACCAGGGCAGGGCGAGGAGGCCAUGCCCAGCUCGUUGGCAGGACUGCCUGUAUCUUGCCAAACCAUGUGAAUAAAAUAAUCCAGAGGUA